AGCUCCGAUUCCAAUUCUUCGCUCCGAGACGCUUGCAGGAAGAAAGGUGCUUGGAUGUUAUGGGAGGCAGAACACCAAAGCAUUACGAGGGUAGCACACACUAGCAUCUUUAAUAUUUACCAGGCACAUUUAUGGCGUCUGCCAGCCUAGGAAAUGGUGGAGUAGGCAGUUCCAGGUCUGUUAAUGGCUUCAAGGGUUCAUCUAGUUCAGUUGACUGGCUGGGGAGAGAGAUGCUCGAGAUGAGACUGAGGGACAAUGUUGACCAUGAUGAGGACAGAGAUAGUGAACCAAAUAUAAUUGAUUGUGUAGGUGCUGAAACAGGGCAUGUAAUACGAACCACCAUUGGUGGUCGAAAUGGUCAAUCUCGGCAGACAGUCAGUUAUAUUGCAGAACAUGUGGUUGGAACUGGUUCUUUCGGUGUCGUUUUCCAAGCAAAAUGUAGAGAAACUGGAGAGAUUGUUGCUAUAAAGAAGGUUCUCCAAGACAAGCUCUAUAAAAAUAGGGAGUUACAGAUAAUGCAGAUGUUGGAUCAUCCAAAUACUGUUGCCCUUAAGCAUUGUUUCUUUUCAACUACAGACAAAGAAGAGCUUUACUUGAAUCUUGUACUUGAAUUUGUCCCUGAAACUGUUAAUCGUAUUGCAAGAAACUAUAGCAGAAUCAACCAACGAAUGCCCUUACUAUACGUUAAACUUUAUACCUACUAGAUCUGCAGGGCACUUGCCUAUAUACACAAUUGUAUCGGUAUAUGUCACCGUGACAUCACGCCUCAAAACUUACUAGUCAAUCCCCAUACACAUCAACUGAAACUUUGUGA